UUCGCCUUCGGAAUACAUACACUUUUUUAAUUCUUAAAUAAAAGUUGCUUCUGCCUCAGAUACAGUUCAUGGAUUAGUUGCUCAAGAGAUGCAGAUGCCAUGGGGGCUCUCUGCCACAAAUUUUCAAAGCAUCGAAUAUUAUUGGGGACUGCAAUAUGUGCUAUAUUCCUUUGCCUAACUCUGGUCAACUUGGUUGACAAAUGGGCCCCCAAACAAUCACCUCGUAGAAAACCAAAACGAGUGACUGACCUCUCGGAAAACCAAAGCGCACAGAUUAAAGAAGAAGCUAAUCGUCUGUGGGAAGCAGAAUAUGAAAGUCGAGUGCAGAGAGUGCGUGACGUAUGUGAGAAGGAUGAAAUCGUUGCCAUGCGGCGUAUUUGGCGUGUGGCUGCCAAUCGACGUUUCGGCAAAGAAACUUUUUGUAAAACCAAACUCUGUCCUAUCAUUGUGGAUGAGCAAAAAGUACUUUUCUUUUGCUUCAUACCUAAAGUAGCUUCAACGCUAGUCAAACGUUUUUUUCUAAAUAUUUCAGGCAUUCCUUUGCAUGACGCAGACAAUGACUCUGCGAUACACAUUGUGGCCAAUCAAGCUUUGCGACGUAUCAGUCCCAUGUAUUAUCCAUCAACAACAAUUCAUCGAUUUUUCAAAAUAAUCUUCGUCCGCCAUCCCUUUGAUCGUCUUGUUUCUGCUUUCAGAAGCAAAGCAGAAGCGCCCCGACACGAAGUGCAGUUCUUUUAUGACAGGUACUGGGAUCCCAUUUUGAAGAAACUCAGGCCCAAUGACACAAACUUGAGCCAAAUAACUUUUCAAGAAUUCGUAUGGUAUUUGACGCAUUCGCUGGAAAGAGACUAUGACGAGCACUGGGCUCCUUAUUGGAGUCGUUGUGACCCUUGUCUAGUGGAUUACGAUUUUGUGGGAAAACUGGAUACAGCUGAACAUGAUUUCCCAUAUGCGUUUCAGAAAGUUGGCAUCGAAUCCAGUCCCGACUGGUGGAGUGAUGUCCAUCCUAUUUCGCAUUCAUUAACUUUGCGUUAUUUUUCAUCUGUUCCUGAAGAGGAUAUCCGUAGACUAUAUCGAAUAUAUCGUCUAGAUUUCGAGCUUUUUGGAUAUUCUGUGGACGAAUUUUUACAAGGGAAUCGAUCAAAUAUUUAAUUACUCAUGGAAAUAUUUAUUUAAUUUUACUUCCAUAAUUGUGCAUGAAGUCAACGAAGUAGAUCUUAGAUUUUAAUGCACAUUUUAAAUUCUUUUGGUAAUAUAAAAUAGUAAUGUUUCUUAUAAUUUUUUUGGUUUAAAUAUGAAUGUUUUUUAUUUCAUGCGUUAUUAUUGAAAAAAUUAUAACACAAUCUUAAACUGACCAUAUACAGCAUGUAUCAAAGUUAAUGGAACAAACUUUAAGGGAUGAUAGAAGACACUGAAACAGGCACUUUUCAUCACAGAAUUCAUUGUUUCACGUUAAGCGGUUAAGUGAUGAAGAGCGUUUCCCUCCCUUCCAUAAAAUUAUCUUGUAAUAAAAUAAAGCUUUACUUAAAACAAAAUGGCGGAAAAUUAAACGUCAAUAGUUGCUUCGUGCCAUUAAAUUAAACUGAAACUAUACACAUUUAAUAACUGUACAGGUUACCAUAUUUAGUACAUUCCAUGCAUUUUUUUUAACCUAUUGAAAAACGAAAGGAGUAAAUUACACAUUGUGUACAUUUUCUAACGGGAAGGCUUAAAUGCAUAACUAGUACAUUAAAGCCUUAAAGCAUUUCCCCCUCUAAAUAUGCUAUUUUUACAAUUCACAGUUUCUUAAAAUUAAAUUUCAGAAAGAAAAUACUGUAUGUAAACUUUACUAUUUUUUCGUUAAUAUAUUUCUCUUUUUUUGUUAUUACUAACGUGUUUUUUCUAUGAGUAGUUCUUCAAACAGAUUUUCUCUGGAAGAAACGUUUUCCUCUUUUCACAGAUUUAAUAGUGAGUAUCUUUGAGCCACAGCUUUUGAGGUCGAAAUUUAGUUUCUCAUGUUGACUUUCACAGAAGGAAAAUCCGGAAAGAUUAUCCUGACCUGGUAAUUGGUGUUAAGAUUAGAGAUUACACUCUGGAAAGGAAACUUACAGUCAGUUUUAUUUCCAAUAUAACGGAAUAUUACAAAGCAGGCUGUGACUGCAUCCUCAAGAAAUAACUGUCAACAGUGAUUCUGCAGUACCUUUGUACUGCAGAAGCUUUGUAGUAAAUGUUUCUGUCAAAAGGAAGGUUUCAUUCCCUUCUGUUCAUUGCACGGUUUCACUUUCAAAAGUUCAAGUUUACAGUGCGGACUACAGCCCGCACUGUAAACUUGCAUAAUAGUCAAUUCUGAACGCUAUUAAAUCUAUACUAUAGCGUUCAUACUAACUUCAAGUAUGCUGGAGUGAAAAUCGAAGAGAAACAAUGUUAUAAUGGAAAUGUUUUAUGUGGAUUAUGGAACGAAAGGGUUACUGUGCGAGUUAAUGUUUUAUGGUACUUUUGAUGGUUUUAACUACCAAGAGCACGCAGAUAUUUUAAAUGCAGCAUUGCUUGACGUUUUAGACGAUACUGUCUCAUCAACAAAUUUGUAAACUGUGGGGUUUCAGAUUUACGAUGUACUAGCACAUAAAUACGUCAUACCACGCUGUUUUUUUAGUAGUGUAUUUGGAACCAACACAGUUUCAUGCAGUGCCAUUCCUAGGCCAUUGGCUGCCCGCAUACUUUCCUAAGAUUGCCGACUUAUCUGGAGGCUCCGAGGAGACCGCACGUCGCACAGGGACCUUGCACUUGGUGUAAUGUGGUGUAAUGGUUUGGGCAGCCACUGGGUGCACGACACACACAUCUCUAGUUCGGAUCGAUGGUAAUCUGAAUACAGAUCGGUACAUUUCUGACAUCUUACUUCCAGUAAUGUGUCCUAUCUUCGAGGCCUGCUAAACGCCAUCUUCCAACAAGAUAAUGCAAGACCACAUGUUGCACGUCGUGUUCUGAUCUUCCUCGAUACACAAUAAAUUUGAUUUCUGCCGUGGGCUGCACGGUCUCCAGAUCUGUCACCCAUUGAAAAUAUACGGUCAUGGGUUGCUGAGAGACUGGCCCUUCAUCAUUCUCCAGCUAAUACGGUUGAUGAAGUGUGGCAUAAAUUUGAAGUAGCAUGGAAUGAGUUGCCGGUUUCUGUGAUCCAAGCCUAGUUAGACUCCAUGCCUAACCAAGUAAGGGCUGUUUUAGAUGCCAAAGGUGGCAGCUGUUUCUACUAAUUUCGCACCUCUGUAAAUACCCAGACUGCUUACAAAUUUCAUCAUUUUAUCUUAAUGCCAUACUGUUUUCGUAUACUAAAUAUCUUUUUUGUAUUUGCUUUCCUUCAUGGUGUUGCAAUUUUAAUGGCCAGCAGUGUGUAUUUAUUUUCUAUCUGAAGACCAAAGGCUGUACCAGCAAGAAAUUUCAAUUGCUUAUACUUUGUAAUUCAAAUGCAUGCACAGCUAAAUAUUAAAUUGACAUUUAUUUCAAGCUGACUAUGACUGAAAUUUAUGACGUCCAGAUGGGGAAGUGGUUAGUGACUGCAGUACCGAAAGGGGCCCGGGUUCGAGUCCCGAAGAAGGCAUGGAUGUAAAUUGUCUGUCCUUUCAUAGGAGGCAACGGUGGUCCACUUAUUAGGUGCCUCCAUGACAACCGUUUUCGAACUCAGUAAUAGCCAACGCCUAAUGGCUAGUGCGAGCAAUUGAAAAAAAAAAAAAAAAGAAAGAAAGAAAAAAAAA